AUGACCAUACUUAUCGUCAUCAACGCUCGAUCAAGUUCUUCAUCAAAUGGUCAUCGUUCAUGUCCAGAAGAAUAUCGUGAAUUACGUCGUCGUGAUGAUGAUUCAAGCUCUGAUUCGGAUGAUGAUCAAUGGCGAGAAGAUAUGUGCGAACAAGCUAUGGAUAUUGCUGCACGACAACGUGAUCCUAUCAAGAAUCGAUUAAUUUUACGUACUUAUUGUGCUCAUUACGACGAAGCUUUAGCAUUAGAACGAGAAAAUAAUGAUACAUUGUGCGAAGACAAAAAACGAGAAAUCAAUAUGAAAAGAAAACGUCAAGAAUCAAAGAAGAAACGGGAUGAAGACGAUUCUGACGACAGUGAUGAUGACGAUGAUGAUGAUAAACGACGCGCAUUACUUAAACGAGAAUUUAGUAAACGUCUUGCUUUAAGAUUUAUUCGUAAAAGAAUGUCAUAA